GCAACAUAUCGACUUUAUGUAUGAUUCGUGUGUUGCUACGUUGGCCGUACGGUGGCGUCUGUGGAAAUCACGUCUAGUUAGUUAUAAAAUGACAUUAAGUAAAAACCAUACUAUAAAGUGAUUCGUAAACAUGGAAGAAGGUGGAGUUGAUAGGUUAUUUGCAGGAUGCUUAGAUAAACUACCUCCUCUCGGAUCAAAAAUAGUCCGAAUAUUUACUAGUUCUACCUUUACAGAUAUGUCUCUAGAACGAAACAUGUUAAUGGAACAAGUAUAUCCAAAAUUAAAAGAUUAUUGUAGACAUAAACAUGGCUUAGAGUUUCAGGUAGUUGACAUGAGAUGGGGUGUGAGAGAUGAAGCAACAGAUGAUCAUAUGACAACAGAGUUAUGUAUGAAAGAAAUUGAAAACUGUCAACGACUAUCUAUGGGUGCUAAUUUUGUGGUAUUUCUUGGACAAAAGUAUGGUUAUCGUCCAGUUCCGACUUUUAUUGAUGGAAAAGAAUUUGUAUUAAUGAGAGAUAUGUUAGUUGAAGUUGGAUCUGAUGUGUCUUUGCUAGAUAAAUGGUACAAAGAAGAUACAAAUGCUGUGCCAUCAGUAUAUGUUCUUCAACCAAUUAGUUCUAUUUUGCCAAAUUUUAAUAAUAAGAGAAUGCCAAAACUUCAAGCUCAAGAUCAAGGUAUUUGGUGGGAUACUUUAGGCAAAUUACAGAAAUUGUUAAGGCGAGCAGCUCAAGCAUUAUUUGCUACUGAAAAAAUGGAUAAGGACACUGUUCAUAAUUAUAUGAUGUCAGUUACUGAAAGAGAAGUUAUUAACGGAAUACUGAAGAUGCCGGACACUAGAAAUCACUGCUUAGCUUACAUAAGAAAAAUUGAAAAUAUUAACAUGAGCAAUGUUAAAUCCGCUGGAAAGUUUGUAGAUUUAUUGAAUCGAGGUGUGGAUACAGAAGCACAAAAUUUAUUAGCUGAUCUUCGAGACAACAGAUUAUGUUCGAAGAUGAAACGUCCAAAUUUAAUCAAGUUUACAGUUGAAUGGAACGGUGCAGAUGGUUUAGAUGCUGAAGUUCAUCAAGAAUAUCUGACUCAGUUUUUAGCUCAUUUUCAUAAAUACAUUAUUAAACUUGUAGAUAAAGCAAUGAGAAAAGCAUAUUUAAAUGCUCAUGCACCAAUUGUAACAGAAAUCUUACAACACCUUCAUGCGUGUAAUAGUGCUAUUACUAUAUUCGAAGGAAGACUCAGUGAAAUAGAAAGGGUAAAAUCAUAUGUUUAUAAUGAUUCAGAUCAACCUUUAAUCUUGCACGGUAUGGGAGGAUGUGGUAAAACAUCAUUAAUUGCCAAAAUUGCAAGCAUGAUUUAUGAUUGGUAUCCAUCCAACCGCAAACCAUUUUUAAUACUUCGUUUUCUCGGUAUAACUCCUGAUAGUUCAUGCAUGAUAUCCAUGCUAAAAUCAUUGUGCCAGCAGAUUGCUUAUAAUUAUAGUUUGCCAUGGGAAGAAACGCCAGACGAUUAUGUACCUUUAGUAGCAUAUUUAAAACGUUUACUUACAUACGCUUCAGCGGAACAACCACUAUGCAUUAUAAUUGAUUCAGUAGAUCAAUUAUCCGGACAUAAUAUCAGUAACAAGGUAUCAUGGAUACCUGUAAUUUUACCUAUUCAUGUAAAAAUGGUGGUUUCAACUUUAUCAGGAGAGGAAUUUAGCGAUUAUCAGAUUUUAGUAAAGAUGCUAGAAAAUGAUAAGCAAUUUGAAGAAGUCAAACCCCUCGGAAUUGAUUUGGCUGUAAAAGUAAUCCAUGGUUUACUUAAAUCAGUAAAUAGAGGCUUAACCGCCUCACAGUGGAAAGUGGUAAAAACUGCUUUAGGAAAAUGCAGUUUACCUAUAUUUGUUAAAUUAGUAUUUGCUGAAAUUAUUCGUUGGAGAUCGUAUACUAAAUUAGAAGAUGUAAUACUGUCUCAUACAGUGAUGGACAGCAUAAUGAAAUUGCUAGAAAGGAUAGAAAUUCAGCACGGAAAAGCGUUGGUGUCGCACGCACUAUCUUAUAUAACAGCAUCAAAGAGUGGAGUUAGUGAAAUGGAAUUAGAAGAUCUUUUAUCUUUAGACGAUCAAGUACUUGAAGAUGUCUACCAAUAUCAUUUACCUCCUGUUAGGAGGAUUCCUCCUUUAUUAUGGACUAGGAUUCGUAAUGACUUACCAAAAUACUUAUCUGAAAGAGAAGCAGAUGGCAUCACGGUUCUUAAUUGGUAUCAUAAACAAUUCAGGAAAGCAGCAGAAGAAAGGUAUUUUAAAAAUAUGAACGUUUUAUGCUAUUUCCAUUGCAGAUUUGCUGAUUAUUUUUUGGGAAUUUGGGGAGAUGGUAAAAUGAAACCUUUUAAAUAUACCGAUAUACAAAGAUUGAGAUUCGGCAUUAGUGACAAACAAGGCAUGGCCGAUAGAAAAGUGCCAAAACAACCAAUGGUGUUUGAAAGCAAAGAAAGCCGUCAGGUUAGAUAUAAUUUUAGAAAAUUUGGUGAAUUGCCAUUUCAUUUGUUAAGAGCUAAGAUGUACGAUGAUUUAUAUAAAGAAAUAUUGUUUAAUUACAAAUGGCUGUAUCAUAAAUUAAAUAGUUGCCAGCUUCAAGCUGUUUUAAUAGACUUUGAUGAUGCAAGAGAAAAUUUGGAAGAUUCAAUGACUGUUCGUGAAGUGAUACUUGUAGCAGAUUCUCUUCGACUAGGAAGUGCAGUUUUAUCGCAAUAUCCUAAUAUGAUAGCUUCACAGCUUAUCAGUAGGCUACUUCCGGUUAAAGAAACUCAUAAACAUAUCAAAUUGCUACUUGAACAGUGUGAUAAGGAGAGCCCAAUGCAAUGUGCUUUAAUACCAGCUUACCAUUGUUUACAUACACCUGGUGGACCUAUGAAAUAUUCUUUAGAAGGGCAUCAAUUUGCAGUAUUUAGUUUCGUACUAACUUCUGAUUUUAGAUAUGUUGUUUCAGUUUCUAACAGAUUUGUUGUUUGGGACCUGUCAACUGCUGAUGUUUCUCAAGACGUAGAUCCAGAAAUCGAGGGAAUGAUGAUUGGUGUUGAAGUUAGUCCAGAUGAUAAAUUUGCAGUCGCAUAUAGCAAUUAUAAUUCAGUUAUAACGUUAAAUCUAAUAAACGGAGAUACUAACAAAUUGAAAAUAGAAGAUCAAGAUGAAAAUUAUAUACGGGGUGUUUCAGUUUCUGAUCGUUAUUUUGCAAUGUGGUCUAGGAAUAGAUGGAGUAUUUAUUCAACUAAUAACUGCAAGAAAGUUGCUUCUUAUGAUUUUACCGAAGAACGGUGUGCGCUAUUAAAUGUGAAAUUCAUACGAGAAAAUAAUUAUUAUUUAAUUAUUACUACAUCUGAUGACGAUGACUGUGAUAUUAUUUUACGGUCUGUAGUUAACGGUAUUAAGUUUAAAGAUUUGCAUUUACGAGGAGGUCUCGCAUUUUCAAGUAAUUACAAUUCUAUAUUUAUUAGUUGCAAAGAAAAUGAUAAUUAUGUUAUAAUGACAUAUGAUAAAAACGAAAAUUCAUGGAUAUUUAAUCGAUAUAUCCAAAAAAACGUCGAUAAGAUUCUUGCCCUUUCCUUAACUCCUGCUGAAGAUUACCUAAUAGCGACUAUGAUAGACAAAUUUUCAGUUUGGAAAUUAGAUAACAAAAAAUAUAGCAAAUUUUUUCUACCGCAUGGUAUGAGAAAUAUCAUUACAAAACCACUAAAGUCUCAAAACAAUCUGGUUUUAACUAAACAUAAUCAAUAUGCCGUUGGUGGAGUAAGAAAACAAUUGUACUUAUGGAGCGUUGUAAGUGGACAACUGCUAAAAGCGUUAGAUGCACAUUUUGCACGAGUUAUAGAUGUUAGAACAGUUAUAGAUGAUUUUAGUAAUUUAGUCAUUUCGUCUUCCAUAGAUCGUACUGUUAAAGUGUGGAACAUUGAUCAUAUUUUUGAACAAUCUUUCUGUGUCGACAGAAUGGAAAUGCCUAUUAAUUCUAUCAGUUUAUCUAACGACAAAAAUUUAGCUAUUACAGUGACAAGAAACAGUAUUGGUGUAUGGGAUGUUUUAACUGGAAAAUUACAAUGCAAAUUGGCAGAUAGUCCUGUUGGUGCCAUAAUUACACAUGCUCUCAUAACUUCUGAUGGAUGUUAUGUUGUGUGUAUCGAAUCAAAUUUUCUCUUAACUUGGGACCUUGAAUUGAAAGAAAUAAUGAAUAGGCAUCCAGAAAGUAAUGUCAAGCAGUUUUUCUUCGGGCUUCGACAAACUCGAAUUUUUCUCGUCAUUCAAGAAACAUAUGGAGAAGCAAUAAUUAAAUGUCGAUCGGUACCAAAGGCUCAGUUAAUUUACGAUAUAACUUAUACUUUAAGUGCACUUAGAUCAGCAGUUAUAACAAAAGACGAACAAAAUCUAAUUUUAUCUAGUUUAGAUAAAGGUCGUGAAUGUUUUCAAAUUCAUGACGUCAAAAACGGAGAAUAUUUAUAUAAAAUAUUAUUAAAACCAGAUGAUUUAAAAAAUUUCGAAGACAUGAAAAUAUUCCCUACUAAAGGCUGCAUUUUGGCAUUGGUUGGUAACGAAAAAGGUUUAUUUUAUGAUGUUAAAAGCAAAAAAACUAUAAGAAACAUUGAUAGAUGGCACGGUGCUCAUACCAAGAAAGGCAAGUAUGGAUUGUAUGCUCCCGCUGGUGGAGGGUUGGAAAUUAUAGGGUUAAAGAGUGGUUCUACGAUACGUGUACUUUUACCAAGAGUUAUGGAAGGAGUUUUCAGUAUCCAAGCAGAUUUUACUGCUUUGGACGAUUACGUUUAUUACUAUCACAGUGGUAAGAAAACAAUUCGUUUGUUUCGUGUUUCUGAUGGAAAAUUGAUAGCUAAUUAUCGAUUGUCGGCUGACGCCAGUUGUAUAGCGAUAACAUCCGAUGGUACUUCUAUAUGCGUAGGUGGUGUUGAUGGUAGUUUUAUCACCCUUGUCAUUGUUGAUCCUAACGAACCCGACACUUUUAAGAGAUUAGAAGAAUUACCAAGCCGAUGCUAUCAGUCUGCAAUAAGUCAGGGAGGAAUUACUUUUAAAUCUGCAGCAAAUCUAGCAAUUAAAUUAGCUAGAACUAAUCAAGACAAUCCAUUUCUUAAAUGAACGGGCCUACCAAAUGUAAACUUGUAACAUACUCGUAAAAACUGUUUUUAUCAUUGAGAAUUGUGAAAUCAUUUUUUGAUACUAAAAACUCAUGUUUAUAUAAGUUUUAAUUGUAGCCCAUUGUUUUAUAAUACUUAAAAUAAAUUUAAUAUUUA